AUGGAACACCCUCAAAGCCGAGCCAUACCAAAUGUUCGUUUGGUACGCUCUAUCGAUUCAGGGGGUCGGUUAUGCACCAUCGGUCCCUUCGCUAACCUUCGGCAUGGUCUGCCGAGCAACCAACCAUCACGUCAAUCCAUUUCUGUCAGAUUACCUCGGAAUUUCUACCGGAACCUGUCGAAGCACGUGUUGAUCUCCGAAGACACUCCCCCGAGUCCCACAUCGAAACUAAGUGCUAAGAGCAUCACAAAUGCUCUCUAUAAAUAG